UCAUUGUCAUUUGUCAUUACAGAAGCCAAGAAGACCGAGAUCUGUCAAACAAAAACUUAUAAAAGGCGUAAACAAAAAUAUGUGUACAAAUUCUAAAAUCUUGCUUGCUUCUUUGGACUUUUGAAGGGUGGAUCCCUUUUGAAUGAAAUUAUUUUUUGCAUUCUAAUCACAGAUUAGAAUUCUAUUCCUAGAAAGCUAGUUAAAAAAGUGGUGGCAGCAUCCCUGCCAAUUCCAAAUCUCAGAGAUACAUUAAAUGGAGUACGACAAUGACGAUAAUACCUGGCGAAGACCGUCUUCGCCGAAAACUACGCGUUCAAGCUGUUAUCAGAUCCCCAAGCGAUCUACAACGGUGGCCGUGGUUGUCCUCGGCUUGGCCGUGUUGAGCUGCCUUCUCGGAUACUGCGUGCUCAGUGAAACUCUGCCAUACGAGUCAAAAACUUUGCGACUUGUUGUUAUUUUUUUUCGGCAUGGAGCUCGCACACCUACACACACAUACAAAAGUGAUCCUUUUAAAAAUUACCAGUGGCCAGAUGGAUUGGGGAGUCUAACAAAUACAGGAAAAUUACAAUUAUAUGAAUUGGGCAAGAAAUAUAGAAGUUACUAUGCAAAUUUUAUCCAGGAAGAUUAUUAUGAAAAAGAUGUAUAUAUACGUAGCAGUGACAGGUCAAGAUGUAUGAUGAGUGCUUACACAUUUCUAGCUGGUCUGUAUCCCCCCACUGAGAAGCAGAUGUGGCAUCCUGAGCUACUGUGGCAACCCAUACCUGUGCAUUCUCUUCCUAGAGAAUUGGAUAAUAUAGUAGCUGCUACAAAAAAAUGUAAGCGUUUCACUGAGAUGUACGAGGAAUUGAAGGCAGAGAAAGACAUGGAGCCAAGGUUCACUGAGCUUUUUGACUAUCUGUCCAAGUAUACAAACCAGAGCAUGCGGAGUGUUUUGGAUGUAGAUUUCCUCUACAGUUCAAUGCUAGCACAGCAGGAUGCUGGUCUCAAGCUGCCCGAGUGGACUAAGAAUGUGUUCCCUAACAAAAUGCGCACACCUUUCAUGCUCAGCUUAGCCUUACUGUCUUACAAUGAAACACUUCUACGACUGCAAGUAGGUCCACUGCUGGGUGAGAUAAGGCAGCAUUUCAAGGAGAUGGCUGUCCACGAGGACUUCGAGCGGUCGCUGUACCUGUACUCGGGGCACGAUGUCAACGUUGUGGCGCUGUGGCGAGCGCUCGGGUUCCAGGAACUGCUGGAGCCCGAGUACGGCGCCAGUGUGGUGCUGGAACUGCACGAGGAGGUUGAGCAAGAGAGCUUUUUUGUUAAGGCAUUUUACCGCAAUAAUACUAAAGUAGAGGUGCCAAUGGAAUUGAGACUGCCAUUCUGUGAUGAUCCCUGUCCCCUAACAAUGUUUGUAAAGCACCUGGACAAACUCAUUCCUGACGAUUGGGAUGCAGAGUGUCAAAACACGCCCUAAGUGAAUGUUAUAACAGUAUUCAAGGGAUACAAUGAUUAUGUAUCUACUACUACUCCAAUGUAGCAUGCUGAUUUUUUAAUUUCACACUUUGAAGAUGAGAAGAACACCAGUUUUGUAAAGAACAUUUUCGUUAUAUAGGUUAAUUAAAGGCAUUUAAAAAUGAUAUUGAUUGGUAAUGUGGUUGGUUGUGUUUGAAAUAGCAUCAAGCCUCCUUGAUGAAGCCAGCAGAUCAUCUGUGUGGUGUCUUCUAAUAUAGUGGAGUAGUGUAUUUAAGCCAAGUUGUUAAAUGUGUCAAUAAGUGUUAUUUGUUAGUAGUUGAUUGGUAUUAUGUACUACUACUACACAUACGUAGCUAAAUUUGCUCAUAAAAUAAGGAGGCAUUUUUUAUAAAAGCUUUGAGUGGUUUGUUAUUACAUAUUUUGGAGUUUUUAAAUAAUAUUUCGCAUUUGGUUAUACGUAAGUAAAGUAUUGUGAUUUACAUAACACAUUUUGUAGGAGCGUUUUACACUACACGACUUGAACAUUAUGAUAAUUUACAAAUAAAUCUAAUUUUUCUUCAAGUGUAAUAUAUUUAUAUACAUAGUUAAGAAUGUUGUAAAUUGUUACCUAUAAAAUUUUUAAGGUACCAACCCUACACAUAAUUAUUCUCAUAUUAAUUUCGAAUAAAGUGCAAAUAGAAAUUUAGUUAGAAUAGUAUGUAUAUUAUUUCAGAAAUGGCUAAAAACAUAUUUUUUGGAAUAUAUAUAUCACAAUGUUGGCAAUGUUCGACGUUAAUAUGAAAAUCAAACUUAAUUAUGACUUAUUUUGUUUAUAAAAUAUUAGUUUUCAAACGAUCAAACAGGUAUAGUAUCAAUAUAAACUUUUUCUGAUAUUUACUCUUGUUCGUAGAAAAAUAUAAUAGAUAAUAAGGAUAAUAUAUAUUCUGACGUAACUACAUUUAUAUUUACUUUGGAAAUGCAAUAAAAUCGAAAUAUGAAAAGAAAAACAAAGUCAUAGUAGCUGCGCUACGCCUGUUGUGUUAUCAAGAAAUAUAUUUUGUCAAUAGUAGAAUUUAUAUAAACUUGAAGAAAAGAUACUGCCUAAAAUUGCUUAUGAAAAUUUUGAUGUAAGUACUGUUUUCUUUGAAACGUUGAAAUGUUUGUCGAAAAAUAAUUAUCGAGGUAGCUCACUAGGUAGGUAACCUAUAUUACAUUUUCUUUUCUGUUCAGUUGUUGAUUUCAUAACAUUAUUUCCGAAUUUUACAAUUAAAUAGUUUCGGGGAUUAUAUACCUAACCGCCAAAGCUUGGCCCGCGAAAUUUGUUUUCACUGCACUGUUACAGCACAUUGUACAUUAUAAAUGAAACGAAUGCGUAACUGAAACGAUGUUAUCCUAUUGUAUAAUUUACGUAUAUAAGUUCAUAACACCUUAAUAACAUCCGUUAUUUGAUUAUAAAUAUUCUUAGUUGAUUAUUUAAAUUACUUUUUUCUGUAUUUAUUAGAUGCACUGUGUUUACAUUAUUUUAUUUGUAGGUACAUAUUUAUUUGUAAAUUCUGUGCAAUAAUAUUUUAAAGUAAAUAAAGGAAGUCUUGAAUGUUAGUUAUGAUAUUAGAAUAUGAUAUAAUGUUGUUGUUUUUUGUAAUAUGUGGUAAAAAUAUAUUUUAUGUGAGAAAAAAAAUUUAUUACACUUCGUGUAGUUCCUCACCACCUUGCACCUGGCUUCGGCUGCUACAGCUGAAAAUACAACCGGGAAAUCCAGGUAUACAUGAAGAGGAGAGAAAGUUUGUCUAAUUAUUAUUUAGAAAGAAAA